GCGAGCCGAAAUGUUAGGGCACCUUGUACAGAGUCCUUCCCAAGUCCACCAAUGACCAAGUUCAGGGCUCUCUCUCUCCCCAAACUGAAACCUCAAGAAAAUUUUGUUUUCGUAUCUUUUUAUUUCGAUUAAUUUCCUGGUUAAAGGCAAUGAAUGGGGAGGGUAAAGGGGGCGACGUGGCUGUGAAAAUGGAAGAGGAGAUUAGGGGGAAAUUAGUGUACAUGUGGGGUUACCUUCCGGGAGCUUUGCCACAGAGGUUGCCGCUGACAUCUCCGGUGGCAGUUAGAGUUCCGGCGACCAUCAGCUUUGCAGGGGACUCCUGGAAGGAUGUUUGUGGAGGGGGUUGUGGAUUUGCCACGGCCUUAUCUGAGUCCGGAAAGCUCAUUACAUGGGGUUCAACAGAUGAUCUCGGACAAAGCUAUGUGACAUCCGGGAAGCACGGGGAAACUCCGGAGCCUUUCCCUCUUCCAACUGAGGCUUUGAUAGUGAAAGCUGCAGCAGGUUGGGCACAUUGUGUUGCAGUAACAGAGAGUGGAGAAGUUUAUACGUGGGGAUGGAAGGAGUGUGUUCCCUCUGGAAAGGUCUUAGCAGACCCAACUUUGGGGGUUAGCUUCGAAAAGGAUGUUUUUGAGAGGCAGUGUUCAUUGACAGACCAAGUAGGCCCUCUCUCUCAAGGCUCACGAACAACCGGUGGAAUGCUAUCUGGUACUGAUGCUAGAGGAGGUGGAGAAGAAAGUACUAAACGAAGAAGAAUAUCUUCAGCAAAGCAAGCAGCUGAAAGUUCAUCUUCGGGUGAUGAAACACUCUCGGCAUCACCAUGCCUUGUAACACUGAGCCCUGGAGUAAGGAUAGCUACGGUUGCUGCUGGGGGGCGCCAUACUUUAGCAUUAUCUGUUUCAGAUAUAGGACAGGUGUGGGGUUGGGGCUAUGGAGGUGAAGGGCAGCUCGGUUUGGGUUCACGGAUACGUAUGGUGUCCUCUCCUCAUCCUGUACCUUGCAUAGAGUCCUCUCCUUGUGGAAAAGAUAGAUCCAUAUUACUCUCUAGAGGAAGCAUGAGUUCUGAAGGACAGGGUUUCAGAGUUCCGGGAAGUUAUGUGAAGGGCAUUGCCUGCGGAGGGCGGCAUAGUGCAGUAAUCACAGAUGCCGGAGCACUACUUGCAUUUGGUUGGGGAAUGUAUGGACAGGUGAGUUCUUUUGGACAUUGUGGGCAAGGGGGUACAGAUGAUGAGUUAAGCCCAACUUGUGUAUCUUCCUUACUUGGUGUCCGAAUAGAGGGCGUUGCUGCAGGACUGUGGCACACAGUCUGUAUAUCUGCUGAUGGUGAUGUGUAUGCAUUUGGUGGGAAUCAGUUCGGGCAGUUGGGAACUGGUGGUGAUCAAGCCGAGACCGUGCCGAGGCUAUUGGAUGCUCCAGGCCAGGAAAAUAUGCAUGCAAAAAUUUUAUCGUGUGGGGCACGUCACAGUGCCUUAAUUACAGACGAUAGGAAAGUUUUCUGCUGGGGAUGGAACAAAUAUGGCCAGCUUGGUUUGGGAGAUGUGAUCGACCGCAACAUUCCUUCUCAAGUCAUUAUUGAUGGCUGUAUUCCUAAAAAUGUUUCUUGCGGCUGGUGGCAUACCCUUCUUCUCGCUGAAUCUCCCACUUGAAUUCCUCAUUUUCAAGAGGCCUUGGCAAAAUUUUGCAGGUAGCAAUUGUUUAGAUUGGUAACUUAUUGAGUAAAAUAUGAAUAUGUACAUACAAUAUAGCUUGUAUACUUAAUACAACUGUGCAUGUACUCAUUCUUUCAUGGCUGACGUGUCCCAUUCACAAUCACUGGCCCUGUCUUUAACACCGUUGCAAGAAGGAACCUUUGUUGGGUUUCCAGAUCAUGUAUAGCAUCGUUAUUGCAUUGUGUACGUCUCUUUUCAUGCAAUUUGAACUCACUGAUGUAAUCAUCAUCUAGCCUUUCUAGUUAUGUAUAGAAGUUGUCUACGGAUUUACUCAAA